AUGCCACUAGCGGACGUCGUCGUAGCUUUCGAUGGCACUGUUCGUGACGGUGGAAACAAUGUGGUCCAAUUUCGUUACGGCGACGAUGGACUUGAUCCCUGCCAAGGUGCCUUUUUGAAGAAAGAUGGUCUGGAAUUCUUUGCAGAAAACGCUGAACUCCUCGCCUUGCGUUGGAGUUGUCCAGCAGAUCCGGAAGUCAACCAAAGAUUGUUGAAUAAGUACCCUCUCACACCUCAUCUUGCCAAGGAUAUUGACGAGAUGGCUGUUCGAAGAAUGAAUGUCCUGCGUGAAUCAAUAAGUGAGAAGAAGUUGGCCCAUUUACAGAAGAAAGCUACCCGUGCAAAGUCAAAGCUUGCAUCAGCCCAAGCCACCACGUACCCUGAACUUCCUAAAGCACCCUGCAAACUGGCUAGUGGCCUACGUACCCUCGUCAAUGCCAAAAUCAUUCAAGGACAAGCACCUCCUGGCGAGCCAGUGGGUUUGUUAGCAUCACAAUCUAUGGGUGAACCUUCCACUCAGAUGACGCUGAACACUUUCCACCACGCUGGUAAAACUGAAAUGAAUGUUACACUGGGUAUUCCACGACUCAGAGAGCUUCUAAUGACUGGUUCGAAUGAAAUUGCCACGCCCUGUAUGAGUGUACCUAUCUUCAACACGGAAAGGGCGAAAGCCGAUGCUCAAGAGAUUGUCCGUCGUAUAUAUCGACUUCGACUCGCUGAGGUCAUAAAUCCAAAUCCUGUGGUGGUGAUUGACUACUCUUCAGACUUUUAUUCAAUGCGAUUCAACUUUCUGCCCCCUUCCUCGUACAAAUCGCGCACUAAUGCUACUCCUGAGCAGAUUAUCCGGACAUUUGAGAAAACAGUAUUCCCUCAGUUCAGCAAACGCUUCACGCAAGUUCUCGGCGAAGGCAAAACUAAAGCCAGGCAAGUUCGUUUCGAUUUUUUUCCUGCCGAUCUGGCUGUGGUAUUGACCCAACGCUUUUCACCUCAGAUUUCUUCCAUGAUACUUGUCUCUCCAACAUUUGUGCCUAGUGGCUAUUUCUCACGAAGUGCAAUCAAGACCUUCAAUCUGAAAGCUUUGGAGCGUCAACAGCUACCAGAUGAUGUUGAUGAUUUAGAUGGGGCACAGAAAAGAAUUGGACGCCAUGAAUGGGGUGAGGUCGAUGGAGCUGAGGCUGCUCGCAGACGCAGACUGGAAUCUGAGGACGAGGACGAAGAUGGUGUGGAGACGGGUCGUUCACGCAAACGUCUGGACGAUGAAGACGACGAUGAGAUUGCAGAACUGCGAGAAUUAGGUCUCGACCCUGAAGCUGCUGAGGAAGUGGAAGCCUCUGGGCCCUUGGAUGAUGAUGCAGAACAGCUUUCAAGUAAAACCCAGAAGACAGCAGCUGGCGAGGCUUGCAAUGACGACGGGUUGGCGAAGAAUGCUGUUGCAGGUAUUGAGGCUGUUGAAUUGGAAAGAGAUGAAAAUGAUCCAAUAUUGGCAAAUGAGGAUUUGUUUGUGAAUCCGGAAUCUGGUGAUGGUCCUGUCACUAAUACUACAUCCUCCUCUGGUGUGAUGGAUGAAUCUCGAGUUAGAUUUGUUAAAAGCUUGCAUGUUCGUUUCGUUGAUUACGCCUACGACACCAGUCCAAAUCCCUCUUGGGUUAAACUUACUGUAUCGCUGUUUGACCCCGAAGGUCGAGUUGCAGUAGAUUUAAAAACCCUCAUUCAGGAUGUCAUCUCUAGAUGUAUCAUGUCGAAGGGUCCCAACAUUAGGAAAUCUUUCAUCGACAAGACUGAUCCAAACGACUGGGUACUGCGGUGUGAGGGCGUUGAUUUUAAAUACCUGUUCAAGCGCCCUGAUGUAUUCGACCUAAGUAGGGUCUACUCCAACCAUAUUCAUGCUAUGCACUCAUUUUUCGGUAUUGAGGCAGCGCGAGCCACUGCGAUGCAAGAAGUUAGAUCGGUUUUCGGCCACUACGGAAUUCAUAUUGAUUCGCGGCAUUUCAGUCUGGUGGGAGACUACCUUACAGUUACCGGUGCCUAUCGGGCAUUCAAUCGACGUACUAUGGAAUUCAAACCAUCACCAAUGCAGCAAACAUCCUUCGAAACCGCUACUAGUGUCCUGAAGAAGGUUAUUCAAGAGGACAUGGUAGAAGAUACAAAGUCACCAUCAGCUCAAAUCGUAACGGGCCAAUUGACAACAGGUUUUGGAACAGGCUGUUUCGACCUCUUUUCCAAAUUGACUCUUUGA